UGUCGGAUGGAUGGUCAGAUAGAAAGAGAAGAUCCAUAUGUAAUUUUCUUGUGAAUAGCCCUAAUGGAACUAUUUUCUUGUCAUCACUAGAUACAUCCGACAUUUCAAAAACGGGUGAAAAGGUUUUUGAGAUGUUAGAUGAGGUUGUUGAGAAGGUUGGAGAAGAAAAUGUUGUACAAGUUGUAACUGACAAUGCUUCUAAUUAUAAAUUGGCGGGACAAAUGUUAAUGGAUAAAAGAAAGGGCUUGUUUUGGACUCCUUGUGCUGCCCAUUACAUAGAUUUGAUGUUAGAAGAUUUUGAGAAGGAAAUACAAGUUCAUCGUGUUACAAUUGGUAAAGGAAAAAAGAUUGUGGCAUACAUUUAUUCAAGAACCAAUCUUAUUCAUUGGAUGAAGGAGUUUACAAAAGACGUUGAACUUACAAGGCUUGCGGUAACUCGGUUUGCUACCUCUUACUUGACAUUGAGACGUCUUCAUGAGCAACAAGGUGCAUUGUUCUCUCUAUUUACAUCAAAGAAGUGGAGGAAUAGUAGAUUUGCGAAGUCUGAAAAGGGGAAAAAAAUUGAAAAUAUUGUUUUGGACAAUCGAUAUUUUUGGAAGGGUGUUUCUACCUGCUUGAAGGCUGCAGUACCUCUCAUUAAGGUACUUAGGUUGGUGGAUUCGGAUGAGCAUCCGGCAAUGGGAUUCAUUUAUGAAGCAAUGGAUCGUGCGAAAGAGGAAAUUCAAAAGAAUUUCAAUAAUGUCCUAAGAUGCUAUGAUCCUGUAUGGGCCAUCAUUGAUAGAAGAUGGGAAACCCAACUCCAUCACCCAUUGCAUGCUGCAGCAUACUUCUUGAACCCUCUGCUUCAUUAUAGUCCCAAUUUUCAAGCUGAUGCAGAGAUUAAAAUUGGGUUGUACAAAUGUCUUGAAAAAAUGGUCCCUGACACUAAUGAGAGGGUGAAGAUAGAUUUGCAAAUUGAUGCAUUCAAGAAUGCAAGAGGACUCUUUGGUAUACAAAAUGCAAUCUUGACUAGAAAAAAGAAAUCUCCAGGGGAUUGGUGGGACUCUUUUGGUGAUGAAUGUCCCGAGUUGAAGAGGUUUGCAAUCAGGGUAUUAAGUCUAACAUGUAGUUCAUCGGGGUGUGAGCGCAAUUGGAGUGCUUUUGAGAUGGUACACUCAAAGUGGAGGAAUCGUUUACACCAAAGGAGAAUGAAUGACUUGGUCUUUGUCAUGUACAAUUUGAAACUGAGACAAAGGCACAAGAAUAGACAAUCAAUCAUGAAUCCAUUAUGUUUGGAUGAUGUUCCAUCAGACGAUGAGUGGAUAACAGAGAAAGAGAAUCCGACUCUUCCAAGAGAAGGAAAUUGGUUGCAUGUGCUUGAUAGGAAUGCUCGACAUGGAUGUCAUUCAGAAGAUGAAGAGGCAGAUGCUCUUGCAAGGGAUUUGGAACAAGCAUGCCGUGACCAUAUUGCAGAAAAUGUCGAUGAAAUUCAUAAAGUAAGUGAUGAUGAUGAUAUGGAUGACAACAUGAAUGCUCCAAGGGAUUUUGAUGAUGACUUUGAUGAUGCUACUAUUGGUGAUGAUGACAUUGAGGAGUUGGGUGACACUGUGGGUGAUGAUGAAGAUGAGGGAGACAAUGAGAUCGACAAUGUUGUUGAUUGUGGCAAUGAUGAUUUCGGCGAUGAAGAUGAUGACUUGUUUUAGCCUCUUGUUUAUUUAUUCUUCUCUUAUUUUAGUUUGUUUUGUUAAGGAUAUCAAUGUUGUGCAAGUGUUAACUUGAAGACUUGAAGUUGAAUUGCUAUUUUCUUUUAGUAUGUUCUUUUGUUAAGAUUUGAGGAAAAUGUUUGAAUGACAACUUGAAUUGCCACCUUUUUUUAUUA